AUGAGUUCCCAACGCAAUUCACCGCACCAGGAAGCUACCCCCGCGAGCACGGGUCCUUACUGGGCGCCACACACGGACCCAAGCCCUCGAUCGUCUCUCACCCCACAAGACUUCGUCUAUACGGGUAAUACUGCGCCGUUUACGCCACAUACAUCAAUUCAGCGUACCUUCCCCACAUUCGGCCCUACACCGUCCGCCUCAAACACAGACGUAGGUAAUACUCCCGAGUCGGUACCUCUAGAAAAGGUCGCGAUCCCCCGGAUACCGGUCGCCAGCAACGCGCAGACUCGGCGACGUUCCGCACGCGCAUGCGAAUCCUGUCGACAGCGGAAAUCAAAAUGCGAUGGUAAACGCCCCACUUGUGGUCAAUGUAUAUAUCUCGGCAAUCGCUGUGUCUACGAAGAGGUGAAAAGAAUCCGCGACGAGAAUAAGAUCAAGUCCCUCACAAAUCGGGUGGAAGAAUAUGAAAAGACCCUUCGCAAUGUUGAGAGUGAAGUCGAUGGCCCGAUGGCACGAAAUAUUAGAAAAGCACUGAAGUUCAAAGACGGGACAUCCACACAACGUGACGACGAGAAUGGAUCUGGUAGCUCAUCGUCAGUGGGGUCUCUAGAAGGCAUCGAUUUAGUCAGCGAAGAUUUAAACCGCAACGAGCAUACGCGCGCUGCCGGCUUCUUCGGCAAGAACUCCGAGGUGUCCUGGAUCCAGAAACUGGAGGAUAGUGUAGGAAGAAGUAGCAGCGGGGGAAUGUCGGACUCUUCUCACCUGGAAAGUUCAGAGGGACCUGCAGGGGAUUCCGCGCCUUCAAAUGACAAAAUAGCGAGAGAAAUUCCUAUUGCUAUGAUGAGCUAUCAUUUGGAUGAUCUGCCUAUCCCGGACGUGAACCCCCAGACGGAUCAGUUUGGAAUUCCGCCGAGAGAACGGGCUGACCAGUAUUUCAAUGCUUACAUGACAUUCGUCAAUCCUUUCUUUAGUGCUGUUCGUCAAUCGACCUUUACGCAACAAUAUCUGCUGUUUUUUAACCGAUUAUAUGAUCCAAAUCGCAAGGUUGAUCCACCGCGCAAGUGGCUGGCGGUAUUGAAUAUGAUUUUUGCUAUUGGUUGUCGACAUUGUCGAUUGACGGAUCACGCCAACAGUGACGUUUAUGAUGACCACCUAGUGUUUUUGAUGCGAGCAAGACAACUGAGUCUGCAGGAUAAUAUUCUUUUCGAACAUACUGGACUUCAGCAGAUCCAAUUGGAGUUCUUGGUUGCUGUCUACCUGCUUUGCACUGGACGGGUAAAUAGUGCAUCUAAAUUCGUCAACAUGGCCCUCCACUCGGCCAUCUCACUGGGGAUCAACCUACGUAUUUUGGAUGAGCGAACAGACCGCGCAUCGAAAGAAGCCCGUUGCCGCCUGUGGUGGUCCAUAUACUCACUAGUGCAUCUUCUCACCUCUAUGCAUGGCCGAGUUACCGGGGUCGGAGAGAGUCUUUGCUCAGUUCAACUCCCCACCCCAGUGGAAGAAGAGAAAUUCGACGAACCAGAGAUCCAACGCCUGUUCCUAGACCAAGCAUCUAGGAUCGAAGUUUCCGCCACACUAUUCGAAAAGCUUAAUCAGCCCUACCCAGUCCCAUCCUGGACCUUCACUGUCCCACCCAGCUCAUCCCUCUUCUUUCACUAUCUAGUAGACCUCAUCCUCAUCUCCCAAUCCGCCCUAAACAAAAUAUACAGCAUCGAAGGAGCCCGGGAAGGAACAAGCCGAACAGAAUACCGUCUUCAGAAAUACGCUCUACGCAUGGACCGAUGGCUCUCAAAGUUACCUCCAACCUACCAAUUCACCAAACCAGAUGCCGGUCCAUGGAGUCUGAACCACGCCCAACUGGACGACGAAUCCCUCCCCUAUACUCGUGAACGAGUCUGUCUGGCAAUGAGCUACUAUUCCGCCAGAAUAACCCUCUGCAGACCAUGUCUAAGUGAGAAUCACCGUGACCCCGUCACACAGGAAAAGACAUCCCGCGCGAAACUGCGUGCCGAAAUGGCCACCCAUUGUCUCCAGGCGUCUUGUUCGCUUAUCUCUACCUUCCCGGAGAAAAUCGAUCUCGCCUGGCUUGCACGUGUGACGCCUUGGUGGAGUGUUCUUCAUUUCCUGAUGCAAUCUACGACAGCACUAGUCCUAGGAUUGUUAUAUUGCUCUUUUGCACCACCAGGCCAGGACGGACAAAAACCAUCUGAUCACCCGGCGACAUUAUCCGGCGCUUCGUACCCGUCGUUAUUGGAAUCGGAUUUGGUUACCGCCCUGGGAAUGACUAAGAAGGCUCUUUUGUGGAUUCAUACCAUGGCUUCUGUGGAUGCGGCGGCUUAUCGCGCGUUUAAGUUGUGUGACAAUUUUAUUAGGAGGAUUGCUCCUAAGCUCAAGGUUGACUUGGAGGAUUGG